GCCGCCCCUCUCCCUGCCCGGAGGCGCCCCGGGGGCACCAUGCAGGCGCAGCAGCUGCCGUACGAGUUUUUCAGCGAGGAGAACGCGCCCAAGUCCAGGGGCAAGUUCAUCCUACUCUUGAGUCUAAUGAUGAUGCUCUUCAGUAUGUUGAAGAAUUAAUUUUGCAGUUAUUAAAUAUGCUAUGCCAAGCUCAGCCACGAAGUGCUUCAGAUGUAGAGGAACGUGUUCAAAAAAGUUUUCCUCAUCCAAUUGAUAAGUGGGCAAUAGCUGAUGCCCAGUCGGCUAUUGAAAAGAGGAAGCGGAGAAACCCUUUAUCUCUGCCAGUAGAAAAAAUCCAUCCUUUGUUAAAGGAGGUCCUAGGUUAUAAAAUUGACCAUCAGGUUUCUGUUUACAUAGUAGCAGUAUUAGAAUACAUUUCUGCAGACAUUUUAAAACUGGUGGGAAAUUAUGUAAGAAAUAUACGGCAUUAUGAAAUUACAAAACAAGAUAUUAAAGUGGCAAUGUGUGCUGAUAAGGUAUUAAUGGAUAUGUUUCAUCAAGAUGUAGAAGAUAUAAAUAUAUUAUCUUUAACUGAUGAAGAGCCUUCCACCUCAGGAGAACAAACUUACUAUGAUUUGGUAAAAGCAUUUAUGGCAGAAAUUCGACAAUAUAUAAGGGAACUAAAUCUAAUUAUUAAGGUUUUUAGAGAGCCCUUUGUCUCCAAUUCAAAAUUGUUUUCUGCUAAUGAUGUAGAAAAUAUAUUUAGUCGUAUAGUAGAUAUACAUGAACUUAGUGUGAAGUUACUGGGCCAUAUAGAAGAUACUGUAGAGAUGACAGAUGAAGGCAGUCCCCACCCUUUAGUAGGAAGCUGCUUUGAAGACUUAGCAGAGGAGCUUGCAUUUGAUCCUUACGAAUCAUAUGCUCGAGAUAUUUUACGACCUGGUUUUCAUGAUCGCUUCCUUAGUCAGUUAUCAAAGCCUGGGGCAGCACUUUAUUUGCAGUCAAUAGGCGAAGGUUUCAAAGAAGCUGUUCAAUAUGUUUUACCCAGGCUACUUCUAGCCCCUGUUUACCACUGUCUCCAUUAUUUUGAACUUUUGAAGCAGUUAGAAGAAAAGAGUGAAGAUCAAGAAGACAAGGAAUGUUUAAAACAAGCAAUAACAGCCUUGCUUAAUGUUCAGAGUGGUAUGGAAAAAAUAUGUUCUAAAAGUCUUGCAAAACGAAGACUGAGUGAAUCUGCUUGUCGGUUUUAUAGUCAGCAAAUGAAGGGGAAACAACUAGCAAUCAAGAAAAUGAACGAGAUUCAGAAGAAUAUUGAUGGUUGGGAGGGAAAAGAUAUUGGACAGUGUUGCAAUGAGUUCAUAAUGGAAGGAACUCUUACACGUGUAGGAGCCAAACAUGAGAGACACAUAUUUCUCUUUGAUGGCUUAAUGAUUUGCUGUAAAUCAAAUCACGGGCAGCCAAGACUUCCUGGUGCUAGCAAUGCAGAAUAUCGUCUUAAAGAAAAGUUUUUUAUGCGAAAGGUACAAAUUAAUGAUAAAGAUGACACCAAUGAAUACAAGCAUGCUUUUGAAAUAAUUUUAAAAGACGAAAAUAGUGUUAUAUUUUCUGCCAAGUCAGCGGAAGAGAAAAACAAUUGGAUGGCAGCAUUGAUAUCUUUACAGUACCGGAGUACCCUGGAAAGGAUGCUUGAUGUAACAAUGCUACAGGAAGAGAAGGAGGAGCAGAUGAGGCUGCCUAGUGCUGAUGUUUAUAGAUUUGCAGAGCCUGACUCUGAAGAGAAUAUUCUGUUUGAAGAGAACAUACAGCCCAAGGCUGGAAUUCCAAUUAUCAAAGCAGGAACUGUUAUUAAACUUAUAGAGAGGCUUACGUACCAUAUGUACGCAGAUCCUAAUUUUGUUCGGACAUUUCUUACAACAUACAGGUCCUUUUGCAAACCUCAAGAACUACUGAGUCUUAUAAUAGAAAGGUUUGAAAUUCCAGAGCCUGAGCCAACAGAAGCUGAUCGCAUAGCUAUAGAAAAUGGAGAUCAGCCCUUGAGUGCGGAACUAAAAAGGUUUAGGAAAGAAUAUAUACAGCCUGUACAACUGCGGGUAUUAAAUGUCUGUCGGCACUGGGUAGAGCACCACUUCUAUGAUUUUGAAAGAGAUGCAGACCUUUUGCAACGAAUGGAGGAAUUUAUUGGAACAGUAAGAGGUAAAGCAAUGAAAAAAUGGGUUGAAUCCAUUACUAAGAUAAUCCAAAGGAAAAAAAUUGCAAGAGACAAUGGACCAGGACACAAUAUCACAUUUCAGAGCUCUCCUCCAACAGUUGAAUGGCAUAUAAGCAGGCCUGGCCAUGUAGAGACUUUUGACCUGCUCACUUUACACCCAAUAGAAAUUGCUCGACAACUCACUUUACUUGAAUCAGAUCUAUACCGAGCUGUCCAGCCAUCAGAAUUAGUUGGAAGUGUGUGGACAAAAGAAGACAAAGAAAUUAAUUCUCCUAAUCUUUUGAAAAUGAUCCGACACACCACUAAUCUCACUCUGUGGUUUGAGAAAUGUAUUGUAGAAACUGAAAAUUUAGAAGAAAGAGUAGCUGUGGUGAGUCGAAUAAUUGAGAUUCUCCAAGUCUUUCAGGAGUUGAAUAACUUCAAUGGUGUUCUUGAGGUUGUCAGUGCUAUGAACUCAUCACCUGUUUACAGAUUAGACCAUACAUUUGAGCAAAUACCAAGUCGCCAAAAGAAAAUUUUAGAAGAAGCUCAUGAAUUGAGUGAAGAUCAUUAUAAGAAAUACUUGGCAAAACUCAGGUCUAUUAAUCCACCAUGUGUGCCUUUCUUUGGAAUUUAUCUCACUAAUAUUUUGAAAACAGAAGAAGGCAACCCUGAGGUCCUAAAAAGACAUGGAAAAGAGCUUAUAAACUUCAGCAAGAGGAGGAAAGUGGCAGAAAUAACUGGAGAGAUCCAGCAGUACCAAAACCAGCCUUACUGUUUACGAGUAGAAUCAGAUAUCAAAAGGUUCUUCGAAAACUUGAAUCCAAUGGGAAAUAGCAUGGAAAAAGAAUUUACAGAUUACCUUUUCAACAAAUCCCUCGAAAUAGAGCCACGAAAUCCUAAACCUCUCCCAAGAUUUCCAAAAAAAUAUAGUUAUCCCCUAAAAUCUCCCGGUGUUCGUCCAUCAAACCCGAGACCUGGUACCAUGAGACAUCCCACACCUCUGCAGCAGGAGCCAAGAAAAAUUAGUUACAGUCGGAUCCCUGAAAGUGAAACAGAGAGUACAGCCUCUGCACCCAAUUCUCCAAGAACACCGUUAACACCUCCUCCUGCUUCUGGUGCUUCCAGUACCACAGAUGUUUGCAGCGUGUUUGAUUCUGAUCAUUCAAGCCCUUUUCACUCAAGCAGCGAUACCGUCUUUAUCCAAGUUACACUGCCCCAUGGCCCAAGAUCUGCUUCAGUAUCAUCUAUAAGUUUAACCAGGGGCACUGAUGAAGUGCCCAUCCCCCCUCCUGUUCCUCCACGAAGACGGCCAGAAUCUGCCCCAGCGGAAUCUUCGCCAUCUAAGAUUAUGUCUAAGCAUUUGGACAGCCCCCCAGCCAUUCCUCCUAGGCAACCCACAUCAAAAGCCUAUUCACCACGAUACUCGAUAUCAGACCGGACCUCUAUCUCAGACCCUCCUGAGAGCCCUCCCUUAUUACCACCACGAGAACCUGUGAGGACACCUGAUGUUUUCUCCAGCUCACCACUACAUCUCCAGCCUCCCCCUCUGGGCAAAAAAAGUGACCAUGGCAAUGCCUUCUUCCCAAACAGCCCUUCCCCCUUUACACCACCUCCUCCUCAAACACCUUCUCCUCAUGGCACGAGAAGGCACUUGCCAUCACCACCAUUGACACAGGAAGUGGACCUUCAUCCAGUUGCUGGGCCGCCUGUUCCUCCACGACAUAGCACUUCUCAACAUAUCCCUAAACUCCCUCCAAAAACUUACAAAAGGGAGCAUACACACCCAUCCAUGCACAGAGAUGGACCACCACUGUUGGAGAAUGCCCAUUCCUCCUGAGUUCCUCUGUCCGGGGUGUACACUUUCCUACCCCCAGAUCCAUUGCUGGCAAUGGAUGCACUGAUUAUGCCAGCACUGAGGAGUUAAAAUGAGAACUCCAAACACUAACGACUCUACUUCAAGAUGCAGUAUAAGACAAUGAAUUUUAACCCAGGUGUAAUUAUAAACUGAAAAUGGUAUUCGAGUUUAGAAUAUGGAAAGACUGACCGAGAAGAAUCCAACAACUGAUUGCACCUGAAAACCAAGCAAAGGGACUUUUUCCAGCCAAUAGGCAGAAGUCUUCUUUUGUGAAGCAAUCUUUAUCGUUAAAGGGAUGGAAAACAAUCUAGUGUCCAGCAGACCCACAUGAUGACAGUUUUUGUAAUUCAAAAUCUUAUGCACUUUUAAAAAAAUCUUAAACAGGGAUCUUAAUGUCCUCCUUUGUUUUCCUUUGCUUUACUCUUCUACUUUAGAAUAUUUUCUUAAAAAUCAUUCAAAGGACUGUGAGGAAAGGCUGUGGUACCUGACCUUGCCGAAAUCAAGGCACAGCACUGUACUACAGUCCUGUUUACAGAUUAUUACAGUGAAUUGAAUGGGUACCGAGGCUUCACCAAAGAGGUACUUUUUUGUUGUUGUUUUUUUUAAAAGACUAAUUUUGUCAAUUUUAAAAGCAUUUCCCCAGUCUCCCCAUCUGUGCGCGUGCGUGCACACACGUGUGCACUCGCGCACACACACAACUCACACACACAAUGUGGUGAUGUUGCCUUCCAACAAGAGAAGUUUUGUGUUACGCCUUUUUAAAAAAUGUAACUGUCAAGUACACUAUUUACAUUUAGGAGACUGUUAACCUAUGCUAGAUUGUCAUUUCCCUCCUUCUCCCAUAAAGGUUUACUGGUAAUCCAUGUCAUGGCUUGUAGCUGUCCCUCUAACCACACUAUGGAAAUGCAGGCAUCCGAUGUGAAAGGAACACUUGCUGGGCAUCACUGACACUGUUCAUGUUUUAUUAAUAGUUAAGGAAUCAGCAUAUCUAGAAUUACCUUGCAUUGCCUAAAUCAUGUGUAUAUAGUGAAUGUUAUAUAAUAUACCUGGCAGGUCUGUUUUAAUUUAAUUAAAUAAAGAUACAAAUACUUUUGUUUGGCUGGCAUAUAUUAAAUUAUUAUAUGGAGAAAAUGAUCGAUUCUUAUUUUUUUCAGUUGAAAAACACACACACAAACACUAAGCAUAGACGCACGUAUUGUGGUACGCCUUGGUUUCUAGUUCUGGUUGUAUGUAUUAAUCUUAAAGAAUGAUCUAAACCUGUCGUUGGGCAUGUAGGAAAAUAUUUGGUUAGAAUAGGAUGGGUAUCUUUUAAGCAGAACUUUGUAAGUUUUUAAUUUCCUAAGUGAUAUAUAUCCAGUUUGUUAAGGUUUAUAUUGAACAUUCUACUUUGCUUGAGGUCUUCUGCUCUAUCAAAACUUCAUAAUAGAACAUCUACCUGCAUCAUUAAUAUCAUAAUAUGGAUUAUUCAUUAAGCCUAUGUAUUGCUGUUCUGAGUCUAACAAAUACUGUGACUGAAAUGCAUGCAACUCGUUGAGAAGAAGUUUUAUUAAUCUCCACUAUAAUGCUUGUGAAAUGUGCAGUAUUCCAUCCUUAGAGUCAUCAGUUCAUCAAUAUCUGCAUGUGUUCUCUGAAUAAUGAAGAACAUUUCAGCAAUUCUGUUAGUCACAUCAUGAAAGACAUUUUUAGAAGUGCUGUGUCAUGGUGGAAACCUAGUACUUUAAUAAUUUCCUGUGGUAUUUAUUACAGCAUUAAAUGUACAUCAUGAUAAUACAAUAUAUAGUCCUUUAAGACCAUAAGUAUGUUAAUUGCAUUAAGCAGUCCAUCCUAAUAUGUCUUUUUUUAUUUAUUUUUUAGAGUUGAAUCUUUUUUGAUUUAUAUCUGUACCAUUCUUAAUAUGAUAGCCAUUUUUCUCUUUGUGAAGUCACCUCUUUUCAAAUGUCCAAAAAAAUUUAAUUUCAAGUCCCCUCUUGGAUGCAAUUAUUUAUGUAAGCCUCCUUACUAGUGCUGCUACAAUUAAUUGUGAUACACAUUCCAGAAUCUCUCAUGACUGUUUAUUGGGCCAGCCUCAUUGUCUCUACGAGUUCUCUUUAUACAGCUUAAUGAUCACUUCUCUUCUUAGUUACCCCAUCCCUACUCCAAAUGAGAACCUGAGGAAAGUCACAUUGGAGCUCAUUCAGUUAUCUCUCUGGCUAGUGUGUUGGCCUUCCACAACCCCUUUUCAACCUGCCUGAUCUUAUUAUUAAGAGAAAAACUCAGAUUUGGAAUACUAACCAUAUUUCUCCCAAAGGGAACCAUCCUUCCACCCUGUGGCUCUAGGAGACCACUUCACUGUGCAACAGUUUCACAUGCAUUGUGGACAGAGGAUACUUUUAUUCUGAAGUGUGACUCUUGGGCAAAAAUACUUUCUAUUGUGGUAAAUGAUUUAAAAAUUCCACUUGGAUGCCCUUAGGUGGAGGUGAGAAAACCAUAUCCUUGCAUUCUCCUACCAUGAAGCAUUAACUAGCUGACAGAUUUAUCCCUUGUCAUAACUAAAAUCUUAAUCGGGGACAUGAAGUGGCAUAGAAGAUAAAUGCAUCAUACAGAAUUCUGCCCCAGAAUCCAGGACGCUGCGGCAGUCAAUGCAGCAUGACUUCUUGUUAAUCGCAUUCCCAGGUGUAGAACGUUUCUUUUCCAAAGAGAAAUGUUCUUAAAUGUUUCACUAUCUUUUAAUGACCAAAGGAAAAAAAAAAAGGAAAACAUUUCAAGGCUGGAUUAACUUUGCUGAUAACCAAUAUACUAGAAAGGGAAGCUUUUUCACAUCUAAGUACUUUUUAAAAAACAGGAAUGGAUAAGAAAUACAUGUUUCUAAACUUAUUGAAAGACAGGUUCUCCAAAUAAGACUACAAAUUGUCAGGAAAUACACAAAUAUUAAAAGUUUGCUUAAUUGUUAGGCAUCAAAUUUUGCAUUUUAGAGAUUAGGUUACUAUUCUCUGGUAAUUUAAGGAUGUUUUUUAAUGGAUGUGAAUUUAGCAAAGAGCACGCCACACUAGUACUACAAUCAACAGAACCGUCUAGUGAACAAAUACUCUUUUAACUGGAGACUACAUUGUUCUAAAUUCUUUAAAUUUUCAUAAAUCAAAAUAUGCAGACCAAAAAUUAGUUUGUAUGUAUGAUCAUGAUCUUUUCUUGAGGUUUAGCUCACUUUAAUCAUGUAUUUCAUUAUUUGUCUUUUACUACAACAGUUUAAAUUCAUAUUUUUAAGUAGCUCAGCAAAACAGAGAGGGGUGUCACAAUUUAUUAGUGUCGUCCAUAUUGAGAAAAACCUUUUUUUCCUUCAGAUUUAGAAACAAUUUAACCAUUUAUUUCUUAAAUUCUGUGCUGUGGGUAGAUUUACUAUUCUUUUAACCUAUAUUGUGUGUGACUGUUAUAAAAGUGUAGGUCCUGUUGUAUUGCACAUUAACCAGUAAAUAAAAAAUCAAUCCAUUUGGCUGAAAGAAUUAUGCAGUAAACUUAUUUAAAAGGGUAAGUGAUGACUAUAUUUAUUAAAUUUUUUCUUUUGAAACAUCUCAUUAUUAACUUUUUAAGUCAUUUUCAUAGUCCCUUAUACAUGAGCCAGUGAAAUAUUUUGAGCUCUGGUUAAGAAAGCAUGAAGUCUAUAUGAUAAAUCUAAACAACAAAAGCACUUAUAACUUGUUUUGUAAAAUUUCAUGCCUUAUUUUCCAUUUUUGACACCGUAAAGUGCAUUUUCUGUCGACUGUGAGCAAAUUUCCCUUUUGCCUUUAAUGAAAAUAGUGCAUUAAGUAGCCAGUUGCUGCAGAACCAUGCAAGUUAGCUAAAGGUGAGUCACAAUGGACCACCACUCAAAGAAACAAGAUGCAUAACAGAUGGAAGUUACGUGCGGUGUGGCUGAGGGGAGCGCACCUGUGCCAGAUGCAUGCCACUUUCAGUAGCUGCCAAAUGUGCCUUUAAUUAAGAACAUCUCUUAAUUUUCUUCUUCAGAUCAAGUCAGCAUUUGGGGGCGGGAUUAGGGCAGGGGACUUUGGGGUGCAAAUAUCUGGUAAAAACUACCAGAGAAUUUGUUUGUCAAAGUGACAUGUAUAAUUUCAGUUGAGAUGUGUUUGUGUAUAUAUGUGUAUUUGCCUUUGUUUGGUAGCACGGUUAUUUGCUAAAAUAAUUGUCAAAAAAAAUUGCUGUGUCAGUCUUACUUUGAUGUAAGAACAAAGUGUGGUCUAUACAUCUAAUACGGCCUUUGUACUUAACCCUGUUCGUAGGUAAUCUUUGUACUCUGUGUGCAGCAGUGUUUGGUUUGCAUUUAAAGUGAAAAUAAUGGCUGUUAUUUUUCUGGCAUUACUAAGACAAACUGAAAAUAAUAAAGAAAAAUGCCUUACAUA